AACCGGAAGUAGUUUGCGUGUCAAAGGUCGCGCACAUUGUUCCUGCGCGGCACAACCGUGGUUCACGUUGUGAUGAAUGAAAUUGUAUCCAAAGAGGAUUUCUAGCGCACACCACCAAAGAGUAAUCUUCUGACCGCGACGUGAGGCGUGUGUGCGGAGUAUAACACCAGGGCAUCAUCUUAUUUGAGGAUCAUAGACCACAACAGAGAUGGCUGGGAUUCUGUUUGAAGACAUCUUUGAUGUGAAAGACAUCGAUCCCGAUGGCAAGAAGUUUGACAGAGUGUCUCGUCUACAUUGUGAGAGUGAAUCUUUCAAGAUGGACCUCAUCUUGGAUGUGAACAUUCAGAUCUAUCCUGUCGAUCUUGGUGAUAAGUUCAGACUGGUUAUUGCCAGUACGUUAUAUGAAGACGGAACCCCAGAUGACGGAGAGUAUAAUCCCCAGGACGACCGGCCGUCUAGAGCGGACCAGUUUGAUUAUGUGAUGUACGGGAAGGUUUACAAGAUUGAAGGCGACGAGACUUCCACAGAAGCAGCAACACGCCUCUCUGCCUAUGUGUCUUAUGGUGGUCUCCUCAUGAGGCUGCAGGGAGAUGCCAACAACCUUCACGGCUUUGAGGUGGACUCCAGGGUUUACCUGCUCAUGAAGAAACUGGCUUUCUAAACUCCAAAUCAGCUCGCCCACUUACCCCCGGCUCUUCCACUGCCACAGUCGACCCGGAAGUCACAUUGACCUGCAGACUGAAAGCCUUUUAUAAUCCCAAGUCUGAAGCAUGUGGCCAUCACCGAGAGCAGCUCACUGACAGAAAACGUGGAGGCUGUAGAAAAAAAUGUUUAUUUUUUUUUAUUCUCAUAGUUACGAAAUGUUUCCUCGGUGGAGAUGGACUACAGACUAAAGACUGUGACUCUUAAAAAAAAAAGUACUGCAACCUCCAUCAGCUGGCAUAAUGUAAAUAAAGAUUUCUUUUAUACAAAGUGA